UCGGCGGGACCCAGCGGCGAAGAAGUGCCAAGGCGACUUUGCAAUCCGCUGGCAGUGUCAAGUGCAAGUACAUAUUCACAUACGUUCGGGUACCACAGGUGUAAGCGAAUUCCGAGAUUUACUACCGUUUAAGGUAUAAUUAUCAGCAAAUUUUCAGGUCGCGAGACAAACGGCCCAAGAAUGUCACGCGUGUGGUUGGCUGCACCGGCGAUGCUCGUCUUCGCCUCCAUGUUGCUGUCGGUUUCCGGUUUUGGCAGUAAUGAAGAUAAAUUCAUCAAGAGAUAUGCGAUGAUGAAGAUUUACGAGAGUUGCUUUGGUCCUGAAGUGGUGAAACAAGUCCGUAAAGAAAUGAAAGCAGCUUGUGCAAAGUGUGCAACUUAUGAACAACCACAGCCGACCGCACAAGCAUUACCCCGGCCUCCGCCACCACCUCAUGGCAGUUACGACAACCGGGAACCGCAGAUACCACCGCAAAUCGCUGAUCCCGAGAAUACUAUGUAUGCCAAUCAACAAACUAUUGAUCCAGAGAAACUACAACAGGCUAUUCUAUCUUACAGACCACUCAAUAAUCCAUUUGCGGCUGCCGCGCAAUAUCGGCCGUACCAACAGCCCAACUACUUCGGAGGAUAUCCCCAGGCCCCCGUUGCUGUGCCAUAUGUAUAUCCAGGAUAUCAACCACAAGCAUUUCCAUCACAAUCAUACUCUAGCUUCCCAUACUUUGGACCACAAUAUUAUUCCAGCAACCGCGUUUCGCGCGACAUGGAUAUCAGAAACCAACUUGAUGCUAUCACAUCCCGCACUAGUGGUAAAGUGCGCAAUGUAACAUGCGUCAUGCAGGAACUUGGUUAUUUGGACGAAAACCUAGAACCUAACUUUGAAAAGAUCUCAGAGCGAAUUGGAAAUUUGCCCGUGUCAGAUGAACUUAAACGUGAUAUGCAAGAUGGUGUUGUUUUCUGCCAACAAUUUUCGCAAUGUAUCCCUGAUGUGAAAAAAGAACGCUCACCGCUCUCACGAGAGCUUGUCCGCCCAAUGUUCUUCUUCAAGUGUUAUAAGCACAAGAAGCUGGAAGCUUGUAUCAUGAAAGACGUACGUGAGAAGUACGCUGGCGUCGCCGACGAAGAUUUUGAUGGCGAUGGCGUUGAGUUCAGACGCACAGGUCGUGCAACUAAGGAAACCCCUGACGAAGUUGAUCAGUUAGCAUCCUCUAUCUACGAAUUCCUGUACGGUAGCGAUCAUACCGUCGACAUCGAUAGCGUUUUGUAAACGUGUAAAACUUGAGGUACUUGUGGCAAUUUUACGGCGAGGAUGGGAGAUCGAAAAACACGAUAUUAACAUUAGCAAGCGUUAUUAAGCGCUCAGAGGCAAAUCGAUUAACGCUCGUAAGCGUUUUAAAAUAAUUUUACAGUGCCUUCAGGUCAUAUAAUUUAUGCGUCGUUAAUCAUUGCGCUUAAAAAGUACGCAUGAAACUAAAUGAAAAGAACGUUGCUCUUUAAAUCCCCACAAAAGUAAUCAGAUAGUGUCAAUCAUUCGAUUUUUAUUUUAAUUUUAUGAUUUUAUGUAACAUAAUUUAUUGUCGCUGAGUAUUAUAUAGUUGUAGAAUGUGAUGACUUUGAAUUUUAGCAAAGGAAUUUGUGCAAUUAUUGAUUUUAUUGCUAAAAUUUGAAUUUUUAUGAUUUCUUGUAUGAGAAUGGUAUUUUUAAUAAAUGGGAGUUGUACUACA